GUUCCAGUGCGUUGGGCUUUGGUUCUAGGGGUCUCGUCGUCAUCUUCCACCCAUCUCUGAAAGAUCGCGGUCCCCCCAAAAAUGUCAGAAGUUCGACAACGACCAGUGAAGAGUACGGAGGAAAAGGUCCCUUCCGAAGCGCCUUCAACCGUGAAGAAGGCUCCUCCGACACCGUCGCGCGCGGUAAUUCCACCAGCUGUGAUCGCUAAGCUCCUGAUCUUCUCUUUCCUCCUAUUUUCCCUCCCAAUUGCUACCUACUUUUAUACUCUCAGGACUAUUUUCAAUGGUAACUCGAACUACAGCGCGAUGGCUGCAGUGAUCGUCGCAAACCUGGUUGUAUUUGCGUAUGUUGUGGUGGCAUUCAUUGAAGAUCAGGGGGAGACUCCGGAUGCUGGCGGGGGAGCUCUGAAGAAGGAAUGAAUUGGAAUUUCUGCAGUCAUGUUUCCCCUUGGCGAUUGUUUACCGUAUUUUGUUCGUACGUGCCAUUGUCCAAGGUUUCUGACUAAGGGUGAAAUUCGACAGCGACUGUACAGUCUCGCGACAAAUUGUUGGGAAUCUAUUAAGUGUGGAAAGAGAUAUUGCUCCAAGCUGGAGCACAAUGACCUGGAAGUUAAGCUUGUUAAAAUUAAAAUCCAAUAAAUCAUCUAAACAUGGAACGCUAG